UCCCGGGCCGCGCGCCGUCGCAGCUGCCCUUCGCCAGGCGCCCCGAGGAGCCGCCGUUGCCGUGCCGGGAGCGCCGCGAGACCGACGAGGGCCUGCGGGAGGGGCCGGGCGGUGGCCCCGUCGUGCCGGGAAGAGGGCGAGGCGCCGCCGAGUCCCGAGUGGAGCCGGGCGCGGAGCGAGGACGGCCGGAGAGCCAGCGCUGCUGGUGCGCUGGGCGGGCGGGCGGCGCUCGAGGGCGAAGCGGGCGAUGCCAUUUCUUGGCGAGGGAGACGGGCGGCCAGCAUGAAAGAUGCAGGAAUGCAGGAAGCUGCCUUGGACUGAGCCAAUCUGCUUGUCCACCUAGGCCAGGUGACACAGCCAGCCACCCAGCCAGCCAACCCUCCCAGGAGAUGCUGGGGGGUUGGACCCUGGACCUCCUGCAUUCAAAGCAGCAGCUCUCCCCCCACCCCACAAGGCUGUGUUUCUUCCAUGGAUGAUUCAUCCCACUUUGAAAGUUUUCCUCAUGGAUUUGCGCUUACUCUGCUCAGUUUGGCUUCUGAUGGGAGAGGGCUCUGGCACGUGAAUCCUGCUUGUGAGAUUCCCCUGGAGGCAUCUGGGUGGCUACAGGGAGAAGAGGGUGCUGGUCUAGCUUGGCCAUUGGCCUGAUCCAGCAGGCUCUUUUUAUGUUCUUUGGUUGCCGCUUGGGGCGUGGGGGGGGGCACUGUGAGAAGAGGCUGCUGGAGUCCAUGUGUGCCUGGAGAAGCCUGAGUGUUGGCCUCUGCUGGCUAGCAAAGAGGACCUGGCUCUCUAAAGAUGGAUGGCAGAGCAGUGGACGUGUCCGAGGCAGGUGAAAGAUAGGAUGGUGGUGGGCGAGUUGAGCAUGUAUAGCCCAAUCCUGGCCUGCUGGCAGCCCAUUCUCAUCUUGAUGUUGGGAUCCAUCCUCUCAGGCUCUGCCACAGGUUGCCCACCCCGCUGUGACUGUUCUGCCCAGGAGCGCUCGGUGCUGUGCCACCGGAAGCGGUUCCUGGCUGUCCCUGAGGGCAUCCCCACGGAGACAAAGCUCUUGGACCUGGGAAAGAACCGCAUCAAGACUCUCAACCAGGAUGAAUUUGCCAAUUUUCCUCACUUGGAGGAGCUGGAGUUAAACGAGAACAUUAUCAGUGCCAUUGAGCCAGGGGCUUUCAAUAACCUUUUCAACCUCAGGACUCUGGGUCUCAGGAGCAACAGGCUCAAACUCAUCCCACUCGGGGUGUUCACUGGACUCAGCAAUCUCACCAAGUUGGACAUUAGUGAGAACAAAAUUGUGAUCCUCCUGGAUUAUAUGUUCCAGGACUUGUACAAUCUGAAGUCUUUGGAGGUUGGGGACAAUGACCUGGUCUACAUCUCCCACCGGGCCUUCAGCGGCCUCAACAGCUUAGAGCAGCUGACUUUGGAAAAAUGCAACCUGACGUCCAUCCCCACAGAAGCUCUCUCUCACUUGCACGGUUUGAUUGUGCUGCGGUUGCGCCACCUGAACAUCAACGCCAUCAGGGAUUACUCAUUUAAGAGGCUCUACAGACUCAAGGUUCUGGAGAUUUCACACUGGCCCUACUUAGAUACCAUGACAUCCAACUGCCUCUACGGACUUAACUUGACAUCCUUGUCCAUCACCCACUGCAACCUGACUUCCAUCCCUUACGUCUCCUUGAGGCACUUGGUUUAUCUCAGGUUCCUGAACCUGUCCUACAACCCCAUCAUCACCAUCGAAGGCUCCAUGCUUCACGAUCUACUCAGGCUUCAGGAGAUACAGCUGGUUGGUGGCCAGCUCACCAUGGUGGAACCGUACGCUUUCCGGGGCCUGAACUACUUGCGCAUUUUGAAUGUUUCAGGGAACCUCCUGAGCACCUUGGAAGAGUCAGCCUUCCACUCUGUGGGGAAUCUGGAGACUCUCAUCAUAGACAACAACCCUCUGGCUUGUGACUGCCGGCUUCUCUGGAUUUUCCGCCGCCGUUGGAGGCUCAAUUUCAACAAGCGUCAACCCACCUGCGCAACCCCUGAAUUUGUCCAAGGCAAAGAGUUCAAGGACUUCUCUGAGGCACUCCUGCCCAACUACUUCAUCUGCCGCCGGUCCCGGAUAAGGGACCGCAAGCCCCAGCAGAUCUUUGUGGAUGAGGGCCACACGGUCCAGUUCAUCUGCCGUGCGGAUGGAGACCCACCUCCGACCAUCAUGUGGCUCUCGCCAAGGAAGCACCUUAUCUCUACCAAAACCAAUGGGCGGCUCACCGUCUUCCCUGAUGGCACUCUUGAGGUGCGCUAUGCCCAGAUCCAAGACAACGGCACCUACCUAUGCAUCGCCAGCAAUGCUGGCGGCAAUGACACCAUGCUGGCCCACCUGCACGUCCGCAGCUACUCCCCCGACUGGCCCCACCAGCCCAACAAGACCUUUGCUUUCAUCUCCAACCAGCCCAACGAGAGCGACGCCAACAGCACGCGAGCCACGGUGCCUUUCCCCUUUGACAUCAAGACCCUCAUCAUUGCCACCACGAUGGGCUUCAUCUCCUUCCUGGGGGUCGUCCUCUUCUGCCUGGUGCUCCUCUUCCUUUGGAGCCGGGGCAAAGGCAACACCAAGCACAACAUCGAAAUAGAGUAUGUCCCGCGCAAAUCCGAUGCCGGCAUCAGCUCUGCCGCGGAUGCGCCACGCAAGUUCAACAUGAAAAUGAUCUGAGGAAGGGAGAGGGAGAGAGAGCAAUGGCUGGAACUCAGUAAUGAGAGGCGUGUGUGGGGUUUUUUUUUUAAUAAAAAAGAUUUAAUAAUAAAGAGAUCCAGUUCAAGAAACAUGCAAACCUCUCAGCUCUCCACCCAGCUCCCCACCCUCCUUCUGUGGCCCACAAUCCUGCAUCGCUUCCCCCUUGACCUCUUGGGGGGGGGCGUGUUCUGCUGAUGUCUCCAGAACUUUCCAUGUUUGUAGGACCUAUUCUGACAGACUCCAGUGUCGAUCCUAACAAUGACAGGAAAUUCAACAAGAAUUCAAAACAACAAUUGAUUUAAAAAAGAAAGUUACGAACUUCCUCUGUAACUUUGAUUUCAAUAAUUAUGGAUUUUUAUGAAAACUUGAAAUAAUAAUAAAAAAACUAUUUCCUAUAGAUAGUUGGAAUGCAAAA